AUGGCAGGCGGGGGUCUUCCUGCGGGGCCCAGGACAGAGUGGGCAGCCCUGAGCAGCGUGCAGCAGGACCAGCUGUGGAGGGAGCGGCUGCUGGCUGAGAGGCAGAGCCAGAGGCGCUGGGCUCAGAAUUGGAGCUUCCUGAGAGAUUACGACCCGCUGGGUAACAGGAAGGAGCCGGUGCAGCUGCCCGAGCACGUGCCUCUCUUCUCGGACACGGUCCCUAAUGCCUCGAGCCAGGUGGUAGGCAGCAGACUGGGCACGGCCCUGGGCCAGACCCUCGCCCGCAUGGACCUGCGCUUCGUGGAGGGGGCGCGGAAGAAGAAACUGGACGAGGAGCUGCAACCAGUGUAG